AUGCUGUCCGCUCUGGGGGCCAAGACCCAGCUGCUGUCUAGCUUUCACCCCCAGACCGCCGGCCAGACUGAGCGGACGAGCCAGGAGCCGGCAAAGACACUGCGCUGCCUGGUGGAGAAAUCCCUGCCCUCCUGGGAGGCCUCGCUCCCCUGGGGCCAGCGAGAGCUCACCGGACGCCGCCGGAACCGCGACGCUUUCCAAGGCUCGGGCCCCUCUCUCGGGGCGAACCCAUUCCAGGGCGCCCUGCCCUUCACAAAGAAAAGAGAACUCUCCCCGGGGCUCCCGCCGGCUUCUCCGGGAUCGGUCGCGUCACCGCACUGGACGCCUCGCGGCGCCCGUCUCCGCCGCUCCGGAUUCGGGGAUCUGAACCCGACUCCCUUUCGAUCGGCCGGGGGCGACGGAGGCCAUCGCCCCUCCCUUCCGAACGGCGGAGGUGUGCCCUCCUGCAGGAUUCUCAGCCCCCUGGUGUGUCUGAGGAGCUUGCCCUUGAACACAGUUGGAUGGCCCUUCACAAACUCCUCCCCUGCAGCCGGCACAACGGCACUGUGUGCCUGCCGCCAGUGCAUCUCUGUUAAGGAUGAAGACCCCUGGUUCAUGAAGCGCUUUAACACGUCCAUAUCGCCACUCUUGUCACAGAAGAACGCCAUGCUGUCUGACGACACCUUUAAAUGGUGGCAGAGGCUACAGACUAAGCAAAAUGCCAACUACAGUGCUGUGGUGCAGAAACUAUUCCAGGUCGUCCCUGGGGAGGGACAUUAUAACGACUCAGGGCCCAAUCGCUGCAGGACUUGCGCUGUAGUAGGGAAUUCUGGGAACCUCAAGGGAUCUGAUUACGGAGCCCUCAUUGACUCCAAUGACUUCAUCAUAAGAAUGAACAAAGCUCCCAUUUUGGGCUAUGAAAAGGACGUAGGGAACAGAACCACCCAUCGUGUCAUGUACCCAGAAAGUGCCACAAACCUGCAAAAGGACACGAGCCUGCUGCUGAUACCAUUCAAGACUUUGGAUCUGGAGUGGAUCACUAGUGCUCUGACCACAGGCACUGUGAAACGCACCCGGAUGCCGGUGAUGGCCAAGAUUAAUGCAGACAAGAAUAAGGUGUUAAUAUACAACCCCACGUUCUUAAAGUACGUCUAUGAUGUUUGGCUUGAACGCCAUGGGAAAUAUCCCUCCACCGGCUUCUCAACCUUGAUGUUCGCCAUCCACGUAUGUGAUGAGGUGAAUGUUUUUGGAUUUGGAGCAUCCAAAGAUGGAACCUGGCAGCAUUACUGGGAGAAAAACAAAUUUAAACAGACAGCGGAGCUCCUGUUCCUCCACGCCUUCCGUCUGCACGGCCUGCCCCUGGAGGUGACCAGGGGCCGUGGCCCUCAGUUCUCCAGUCGCUUUUAG